ACAUCCAUUCUAAUUACUAAAGACUGUGGCCAGCUAGGCAGAAGCCAGUGCUAAACAAAUGGAUCUUUCCUGGCAUUUCUUUCUUCUGCUGACGGCCACCAUCCAAGCCGCGUCUAGCAGUACAGAAUCAGAACUCUCUGAGGCCGGUACAAACUUCUCCGAUACCCUGGGUAGUCACAGCUACAGUACAUCACCCCCAACAGGGGCAGGAUGGGGUGCACACCCGCCCAUCGACUACUUCCGGUGUGAGCCAUGCAAGUGUCACCAUUUGGCCAACCUGUCCAUUAGCGCCGACUGCUCUACCCUAGCGCUGGGCACUGUACCCCUGGGCCUCCCCGACAGAACCACACGUCUAGUUCUCUCCUCGUGCGACAUCACAGCCUUCAAGGUCACGUCCUUACUUGAAUACAAGUACCUGGGCUACCUUGACCUCUCCAAUAACAAAAUGUCAAGGCUAUCAAACACAAGUAACGCCAUCCAAUGCAAGGUCAGCGUCAGUGCCCUUGACCUUUCGUCAAACAAAAUCAGCACAAUUGACGAUGGCGCCCUCUGGUGCUUCCCCCAGCUGACGACCUUGAACCUGCAGCAGAACGAGCUGGUAUACUUGGGUAAUCGGACGCUGCACGGAGCGGCCAGCCUAAGACAGCUGGACCUGUCCUACAACAGACUUCACAGCCUCGGGCUCGGCGUCUUCGACCCAGUGCCCCAGCUGCGCGUCCUCCGGCUGGGCCACAACAACAACUUCACCUACGGCUACAACAGAUUCCACCCGCGUAUAUUCCAGCCGUUACAACAGCUGGAGGUCCUGUACGCCCAGCACCUGUACCCCAGCAACACCUACCCGCUAGCGGCUCUAGCCGUGUUGACACAGCUGCGGGAGCUGAGUCUAGACGGCUCCGAUCACAGCUUUGUCAACACCAGCUUGCGUCACCUGGACAAACUGACGUCACUGCUGCUUGGCGUGGACGGACUGUGCAGCAUUAAAAUACUGUCCAAAUCUUUUUUUCAUGAUCUGCCGCAGUUAAGAUCAAUUCACAUAGAAGGAUGUCCGCUGUCCAAUAUUUCUGAGGAGGCGUUCGACAAAAAUAUUGACCUAGAAAAAAUAAACUUGACGCUAAUCAAUCUUUCUUUAGGUCGAAUAUUCCAAGGUCUAGGUGGCUUAAAGAACGCAUCUGUCCGCUCGCUGACCUUGAGCAAAAUUCGCGCAGGUCACAUGGACGCGUGCGCAUACCUGUCGCAACAGGAGGCUGCUGGUCUCAGGGACAUGACGCACCUGGAGGAGCUGUACCUGGAGAACAACGGCGUCUCCUUCCUAACCCACGGCUUUCUACGUCUGCUGCCGACAUCCAUCAAAGUCCUCAGCGUUAGCGGCAACCUUCUGACGCAUGGCCGGUCACUCCUGGCCACCCACAAGCCCAAGGCCGGGCCAGAGCUCCUGCCCAACCUGGUCAGCCUGCGAGAGGACAUGCAGGACACGGUGGUGUACCACGGGGUGGCUGGUGCUGCUGCACCGGAACAAUGCUCGGGCACUUCCGGUGGGAUGGGGGGAGAAGAAGAUGAUCGCAGCGAUGAUUCACAAUUCGGGCUGGAUGUGAGUGCCAACCCGCAGGUCAACUUGCCCAUUAGUGCCAACCCGCAGGUCAACUUGCCCAUUAGUGCCAACCCGCAGGUCAACUUGCCCAUUAGUGCCAACCCGCAGGUCAACUUGCCCAUUAGUGCCAACCCGCAGGUCAACUUGCCCAUUAGUGCCAACCCGCAGGUCAACUUGCCCAUUAGUGCCAACCCGCAGGUCAACUUGCCCACUGGUCUACAGGAAUAUUCUGCUGUCCACUCAUUCCACUUUGGUAGCGAGGCUUUCAGCGGGGGGAGAAAAAAACGUCUCAAGCUGGGGAACCUCAAGAUCCUCAACAUUUCAAACACUUUCUUUACUCAAUGGGGAUCUAAAAAACUGGAGUCCAGAGUCCAAGUGGCGGACCUAUCCAACAACUUUUGCCAAUCUUUGAGCCAGACCUUCCUGAACGUUCAAAACUCGCUUGUAACUUUGUUAGCAAGCGGGAACUAUCUGGGUCACGACUUGGCUGCAGACAUUCAAGGUGAGAAGUUGUCUCGCGGCCAAAAGGUCAAACACCUGGACCUGUCAAACAACCGACUGCAGGACCUGCCAGAGAAGGUCUUCCAGGGCCUGGUCAGCUUGCAGGUCCUCACCCUCUCCUACAACGACAUCCACUCCAUCAACAUUCGUCUGGCACACAUGAAACACCUGCUGCUCCUGGACCUCAGUAGAAAUUCUAUUUCUUGGAUCGGUCAACGGAUGCGGGAUGACCUUGACCAGAUAGCUUUGAACCACAGCGUGAGCCUCGAUUUGAGUUCAAAUCCACUUCCGUGUACGUGUGACGGCCUGGAUGUUCUAAGAUGGCUGGCGAUGACCAACGUUCGAAUCUUACACAGAGAUUACUUGUACUGCCUGGAUCAGGAGAAGAGACAAUCUUACAUUGGAAAUGCCUCCCAGAAGUUCCACACUCUUCAGAAACUGUGCUUAUCCCAGAAAUAUAUUUUCGUCAUCACAUCUUUCACCGCCGCCUUUCUUUUCUUCAUCUUCAGCUCGAUCGUGAUCUUCAAGAAGCGUUGGUGGCUGUAUUACAUGCGCAGUGUCAUCAUUGCCAGAGUGUACGGGUUCAGGCCCAGGCUUGAGCCGGCCCGCUUCAAGUUCGACGCUUACAUUGUGUACUCAACAGCUGACGUCAGCUUUGUGUUUGGUGAAUGCCUGCAGGAGCUGGAGGUUAAGCGGGGUCACAAGCUGUGUUUAGAAGAUCGGGACUUUCUGAUUGGUUCAUUUAUCCCCUGCAACAUCACGAGCGCCAUCAGCAGCAGCAGACUGACGGUCGCCGUCAUCUCACGGGACUUCUGGGAGGGGGAGUGGACGGAGUACUCCGUGCAGAUGGCACUCGUUGAGCAUGCGCAGAGCAAGCGGAAAGUCCUUCACCUUCUAACAUACAAGGACGUGUCUGCAGAAGAUCUCCCGCGGGAGCUUCUGAAGGUCUACACAGCUAAUGACUUCAGCGAGUACCCUCCAGCAGACUGCAACAACGACGUCAAGGCCGCCUUUUGGGACUCGUUCUCUCAGACUAUAGGGCACCAGGCUGGGGAGCAGUGAUUGUCUCCUAAAGUUUGUGGCGCCAUGCUGUGAUUGUGAUUGUGCCAGUCUCCUAAAGUUUAAAACAGUGUCGCUGUGUCAGCUAGUGUAAACAAUCUUUCCUUGUAUUUUUUGUGUGCAAUAAAUAAAUAUAAA